CUAAUUUUCUCGCUCCGCCGCGCAUUUCAUCUCUACUUUCGAAAUCGCUAUAACAAAUUGGAAUUAACAGAAGAAAGAAAAAAUCUGUUCGUUCUCUUACAAGCCAAACAGAGAUUCUAAGCUCUAUCUGGUGUUUCGUUGCUGUUAUUAAUUUAUUCUCCUGAUUAAUUUUACCAUCGCCAAUAUGAUGAUUUUCUCAAGAAUCGGCUCCUCUGCUUCUUCUCGCGGUGCCCGUUUCACAUUCCUAAGAGAUGUGAUUUCGGGAAAUUAUAGAUAUAGCAGGGCUACUUCGUUAUUGGAUGAUUCGAUUUCGAUAUCGACGACAACGAAGACGCUGGGCGGUGGUGCGUCCACGUCAUGCGUAGAUGAUAGAUUAGGGCUGAGCGGCUUUUUAACGUCUACUGGAGCUGGAAAAGAGCUCCUGAAGAAUCCACUCUUGUUGAAUGGGAAUUUCCUUAUUGCAAACCCUAGGUUUUGCAGAUUUUUCUCGAGCGAAGCUCCGAAGGAAGGAAAAUAUGAGAAGUACUAUCCAAAGGGUAAAAAGGAAAUCCCCAAAGCUAAUGAACAGAAAUCUGAGUCAAAAGAAGACUCGAGUGGAGGUGAUAAUGGGAAUUCCCAGGACAUCAUGAAACUUUGGCAAAACGCAAUCGUGUCUUUAUUGAUCAUGUUCUUUCUGUAUUCAUCAAUUUUUUCUCGUCCUCGUGAGCAGAAGGAGAUUAGUUUCCAAGAGUUUAAAAACAAGCUACUUGAACCUGGUCUCGUGGACCACAUUGUUGUUUCGAAUAAAUCUGUUGCAAAAGUCUGUGUGAGGAGCUCCCCGCGCAGCGCAAAUCAAACCAAUGAUGAUGUUUCCCAUGGAAACAGCACUGGCGGAAGCAAUGGUUGCCAAUAUAAGUACUAUUUUAACAUAGGGAGUGUUGAAUCCUUUGAGGAGAAGCUAGAGGAAGCCCAGGAAGUGCUGGGGAUAGACCCUCAUGAUUAUGUUCCUGUAAUUUAUGGAGAAGAAAUUAACUGGUUCGCAGAGUUAAUGAGGUUUGCUCCAACAGCCUUGCUUCUUGGAGCCCUCUGGUUCAUGGGGAGAAAAAUGCAGAGUGGAUUUGGUACUCCUGGUGGCCGAGGUGGCCGAGGAAUAUUUAGUAUUGGAAAAGCACAGGUUGCAAAAAUGGAUAAGAAUACCAAAAAUAAGGUAUUUUUUAAAGAUGUAGCUGGAUGCGAUGAGGCAAAACAAGAAAUCAUGGAGUUUGUACAUUUCCUGAGGAACCCAAAGAAGUACGAGGAGCUAGGAGCGAAAAUUCCGAAAGGUGCACUUCUUGUUGGGCCUCCUGGCACAGGGAAGACUCUUCUGGCAAAAGCUACUGCUGGCGAAUCUGGUGUGCCUUUCCUAUCCAUAUCUGGGUCAGAUUUCAUGGAAAUGUUUGUUGGUGUUGGGCCAGCCAGAGUUAGAAAUUUAUUCGAAGAGGCAAGAAAAUGUGCACCCAGUAUAGUAUUCAUUGAUGAGAUCGAUGCCAUUGGUCGGGCAAGAGGGCGUGGAGGCUUUUCCGGUGGCAAUGAUGAGCGUGAAAGUACUCUUAAUCAGUUGCUCGUUGAAAUGGAUGGAUUUGGCACCACCUCUGGAGUUGUUGUACUUGCUGGCACAAAUAGGCCUGAUAUUCUUGACAAAGCCCUUUUGAGGCCUGGUCGGUUUGAUCGUCAAAUUACAAUUGAUAAACCUGACAUAAAGGGCCGUGAUCAGAUUUUUCAGAUAUAUUUGAAGAAGCUGAAACUUGAUAAGGAGCCAUCAUUUUACUCUCAGAGGCUUGCAGCUCUCACUCCUGGAUUUGCUGGAGCAGACAUUGCAAACAUUUGCAAUGAGGCUGCUUUGAUAGCUGCAAGAAAUGAGAGUGCACAGAUCACGAUGGAACAUUUCGAGGCAGCCAUAGACCGGGUCAUUGGGGGUUUGGAAAAAAAGAACAAGGUUAUAAGCAAACUGGAACGGCGUACUGUUGCUUAUCAUGAAUCUGGUCAUGCUGUUACUGGUUGGUUCUUGGAACAUGCAGAACCCUUGCUGAAGGUGACCAUUGUACCUCGUGGGACCGCGGCACUUGGAUUUGCCCAGUAUGUUCCCAGUGAAAAUCUUUUGAUGACAAAGGAGCAACUCUUUGAUAUGACUUGUAUGACACUUGGUGGUCGAGCUGCUGAGCAGGUUUUACUAGGGAAAAUUUCAACAGGUGCUCAAAAUGAUUUGGAGAAAGUGACUAAGAUGACUUAUGCCCAAGUGGCAGUUUAUGGUUUUAGUGACAAGGUGGGUCUUCUUUCUUUCCCUCAAAGUGAUGAUGGUUUUGAAAUGAUAAAGCCCUAUAGUAGCAAGACAGGCGCGAUUAUUGAUGGUGAGGUAAGAGAAUGGGUCUCCAAUGCGUAUGAACGCACAGUAGAGCUUGUAGAAAAGCAUAAAGAGCACGUGGCUCAAAUAGCAGAAUUGUUGCUUGAGAAAGAGGUGCUCCAUCAAGACGACUUGGUACGAGUUCUGGGGGAAAGGCCAUUCAAGUCAGCUGAGCCAACAAAUUAUGAUAGGUUUAAGCAAGGGUUUCAAGAAGAAAGCAAGGAGUCUAAGGAAACAACAGAGGGUAGGAAUGCAGAGGAUGAAGGAUCAUCACCCUUGGAGCCUGAGGUUCUGCCUACAUAAGGUUUGUACAAAUGCGAUUUUCUUGAAAUUGACAAGUUGCAUGUCUCUGCUUGUUCGAUGUGGACUAACUUAAAUUUGUAAAGAUCAUCAUAGGAAAAUAAUGUAUUUUGUUUAGAACUCUGCAUCUGUGGAAAUUGAUUUAUUUGUAAAAGCUAAUGUAGGAGGGUAUUGAAAUAAUAUCCUUUUCAAUCAUGAUCUUAUCUGAUUAUCCUGU